UUGUGAAGGGUAAUAAAGAACAUUCAGAAUGUUUAGGAUAUCUUUGUGACUGUGAGGAAUUUUAUACUGAUGAACCAAGAUUUGAUAAAUCAGCUAUUUAUGAAAAACUAUUGGAAGGAGUUCUAUUUCGUCCAUAUUUUAUUGAUCUUGAAUUAGUACAUAUUUUUGUGUUUAAAAUUGCGAAAUCUAAGAAUAAUCAAUAA